AUGUCUAACUCAUUAGAUAAUUAAUCACAAUAAAAUACUACUUUGAAUUUUACUACAUUCAGGCGUUAUUAGCCUAAAAUGAUUGGGAAUGUUUACUGCUAUUGGUAUAAUAAGAAUACUUCUCAGCCAAGAAUAACGAUAGGCCCUACUUGGAUGUUUGCAGUACCAGUUUUCAUAGCUGCUCUUGUAAUGCUAUUUUGUUUUAUCCAGGGAUUGCUAUAUAUGAAUAAGAUUGGUAUGAUACUUAAGUCUAUUGCUUUUGUUAUGAUUGGAUUUAAUCUGUAAUCGUAUUUUUAUACUCUGCUUGGAAAUUAAGGACUUCCCAAGGAGUUGUUCAUUAGACAAGACAUAUUAGCUACAUAAGGUGAUUCACUUAAUGCUUCAAGCAGCAGCAGCUCAAGCAAUAAUUCCCGUUCAGCUAAUAAUAGCUUUAAAGAUGUGUCACUUGGCAGUAUAGAUAUGGAAAAUGGCUACUCAAGUGGUUUAUAGAAUAGGAGAUGCGAAAUAUGUGAUAUUAGGCAGGAGGAAAAUGAUUAUCAUUGCAGAGCGUGUGCUGUCUGUGUUCGUGGCUAUCAUCAUCACUGUGUGUUCUUUAGUAAAUGCAUUGGAGAGGGAAAUACUCAAAGUUUUUUCCAUACUUUGAUUUUGCUUGUGGUUCUCACUUGCUACUACACCGCUCUUGUAAUACUAGAGUAGGUUUAUUUUUGA